GCCAUACGAGGGUUCUGGAAUCCGGACGCUUCCAAGAGAACUCCAAGGCUUCGAGUAGAGUCCUCUGUAAACCCAGUGAGUAGCUCCGUGGAGGCCCGACCCAGUGGCGUUCUGGAACCCACGACUCCCAGCGAGGGAGCCAGAGACGCGGUGCCAUGACCACCCGGAUCACUCCCGGCGUGGGAGCCAACCUUCUCGGUCAGCACGCCCCCGAGAGGAACCAAGACGCCACCACCUACGUCGGCAAUCUCGACCCCCAGGUUACUGAGGAGCUACUAUGGGAAUUAUUUGUCCAGGCAGGUCCUGUUGUUAAUGUCUAUGUUCCAAAAGAUAGAGUUACAAAUCUUCAUCAAGGAUAUGGGUUUGUGGAGUUUCGUAGUGAAGAAGAUGCAGAUUAUGCUAUCAAGAUUUUGAAUAUGAUCAAACUAUAUGGGAAACCAAUACGUGUAAAUAAGGCUUCCCAAGACAAGAAAAGCUUGGAUGUGGGGGCAAACCUUUUUAUCGGUAAUCUUGACCCGGAUGUAGAUGAGAAACUUCUUUAUGAUACAUUCAGUGCAUUUGGAGUUAUUGUGACUAAUCCUAAGAUAAUGCGAGAUCCUGAAACUGGGAAUUCUCGAGGUUUUGGCUUUAUUAGCUACGAUUCCUUCGAGUCAUCUGAUGCAGCAAUAGAGUCUAUGAAUGGUCAGUACCUGUGUAACCGGCAAAUCACCGUUUCUUAUGCAUAUAAAAAAGACACUAAAGGGGAACGCCAUGGCACUCCAGCAGAGAGAGUUCUAGCGUCAAGCAACCCAGGAACUCAAAAGAACAGGCCACACACCUUAUUUGCAAGUGGGCCACCAACACUCACCAACGGGCCCCAGGCAAAUGCAGGUGGUGGCGCACCGAUCCCUCCACGACCCUACGCCAAUGGUGCGAUUCCACCCGGACCAGUUCGGCCUCCUCCACCAAUGGGCCAGUUUCCUCCCCCCAUGCAGAUGGCAGGGCCUCCAUCAUGGCCUGGCCAAGCACAGCCACCCAGCCAGUCCAUUCCACCACCUACCAUGCUACCGCCACCGCUCCAGCACUAUCGGCCUCCUGCGCAACCGUAUAGUAUGCAACCUCCUCCACCUACAGGCAUGGUGAGGCCACCGCCGCCACCUUCUUUGUGGAGGCCGCCGCCGCCGCCGCCGCCACAUGUAGGUGCACCAUCGAUGCCUCUGCCUCAGAUGUCCAUGCCACUGCCGCCGCCACCAAGUGCUCCACCCCAAGCACGGCCUGCUGCUCCAAAUUCUAUAGGAUGAGUUGUCGGAAGCAUGCACUAAUGAAUUGCUCAGGAGUUUUAGACUCUCCUAUGGUGUGGAAAAUUUGGAUGAUUAUGCGCUUGUUGGCUACUUCGGCAUAUUUUGGGACAAGACAUUAAGUAUCCUACAAUCGAAUCUCGCCUGAUGAACGGAGAGUAUAAAGUGUAUGGGAAUCUCGACGUGUGAGAGCAAGCAUAUGCAAGUGAUGGAUUGGUGUCAAGAUCCACCUUGCUUUGACACUAUGCUCAAGUGAUGAUGUGCCUGGAAGAUGAUGAAGAUUCAAGGCUCACUGUGCUAAUUAAAAAUAGAAAUUGGUUAUGAGUUCAUACUUUUUAUUUAUGCUAAGGCUGCACAUAUUAUCCUGGAGAGCAUUGCCAAGUAGGGAUUCUAUCGAGUGAUAAUUUGUCUUCAGAUGAGGUAGUGAAUCUCCUGCACCCUAAGUUGUAAGAACUUUCUACCGUUUUAAGUACUCGUCAGAUUUUAAAUGGCUGAUAUUAAUGGCACAGUCGCCUGCUCUUUUUCUUC